AUGUCGAAGAGAACAUUAGAUGCUUUCUUCGCGCCCAAGGCCAAGAAAGCGCGGAAGGAAGAGGAUGGUCCAGCCGAGCCUGUCCGGCAGUCGACCCAUCUCAACUACCCAUGCCCGAUCUCAGAGCUGCCAUCCAGUCUGAGCAAGGAGCUCUCUUCGCUACCGGCGCGGCCGGGUCGGGAUAUCAACGACCAACCGGACCUUGACCUUGUCUACUUUGAGCCAUACGUCCCCUCCUACCUGGCCAAGGACCUCUUCGAGUUCCUUCGCGCCGAGCUGCCAUUCUACAGGGUCGAGUACGACAUCAACAGGGGCGGCAUCAAAACUCACAUCCGCACACCCAGGUGGACAACAGUGUUUGGCCUGGAUGAGACGGCUCGCUUCGACGAGGACGGCUCGGUUGUCGACGUCAAGUCUGGGUUCAAGGUCGAGGACAAGCGGUAUGACAGGUAUCCCCCGCGUCCGAUUCCCAAGUGCCUUGACGAUCUCCGUCGUUCUACGGAGGCCGCGACGGACUGCAGGUUCAACUUCUGCCUGGUCAACUACUACGCCUCGGGGACUGACAGCAUCUCGUUCCACAGCGAUGAUGAGAGGUUCCUCGGUCCAGAUCCCGCCAUCGCAUCGUUCUCCUUGGGUGCUAGGAGGGACUUUCUCAUGAAGCACAAACCCAUCCCUCCAGACCCUGCAACCCCAGACAAGCCUGCCCCGAAACAGAUCAAGCUCCCCUUGGGCGGCGGCGAUAUGAUCCUCAUGAAGGGCCGCACGCAGUCCAACUGGCUACACUCGAUACCCAAGCGGACCGGCAAGAACGCGGAAGACGGAGGAAGAAUCAACAUCACGUUCAGGGGAGCCAUGGUGAAGGAUGGUACUGAAAAUUACUACAACUACAACGUCGGUACUGGGCCGGUCUAUCGUUGGGACAAAACAAUGCGGGAAAUGCGGGUAUCUUCCGCUGAUGGCCAGCUCAAGCAAAAGCCGUGA